AUGGGUGCACACUAUUCAAGCUCAAGGUUGAGGCCAUUUGUGGCCAAUGAACUUCUGAAUGUCGGAAGUGUGCUAAAAAACUGCAGGAUUUUCGCUAACACCAGUAUCUACAUCAUAAAUCUGAAGAGAACCUGGGAGAAGCUUCUGAUGGCAGCUCGUGCCAUUGUUGCCAUUGAAAACCUAGCUAAUGUCAGUGUCAUAUCAUCCAGGAAUAAUGGCCAGCGAGCUUUGCUGAAAUUUGCUGCUGCUCCUGGAGCCACUCCUAUUGCCGGCCGCUUCACUCCUGGAACCUUCACUAACCAGAUCCAGGCAGCCUGCUGGGAGCUGAGACUUCUGGUGGUUACUGAUCCCAAGGCUGACCACCAGCCUUUUACAGAGGCAUCCUAUGUUAACCUGCCUACCAUUGCUCUGUGUAACACAGACUCUCCUCUGCACUAUGUGGACAUCGCCAUCCCUUGCAACAACAAGGGAGCUCACUCAGUGGGUCUGAUGUGGUGGAUGUUGGCCAGGGAAGUUCUGCGCAUGCGUGGCACCAUUUCCCGUGAACACCCAUGGGAGGUCAUGCCUGAUCUCUACUUCUACAGAGAUCCUGAAGAGAUUGAAAAGGAAGAGCAGGCCACUGCUGAAAAGGCUGUGACCAAGGAGGAAUUUCAGGGUGAAUGGACAGCUCCACCUCCUGAGUUCACUGCUACUCAGCCUGAAGUAGCAGGCUGGUCUGAAGGCACGCAGGUGCCCUUGAUGCCUCUUCAGCAGUUCCCCACUGAGGACUGGAGUGCCCAGCCGGCCACUGAAGACUGGUCUGCAGCUCCCACUGCUCAGGCCACUGAAUGGGAGUGUUUUUCUGACUUUCCUUAUCAUAAAGAGGCGCAGGCCUCUGUUAAAAUCAAUGUUGCUCAUCUCAUUAGCCAUAAAGACGUUGCACCACACUGGAUUCUUCAAGAUAAUGGAAAAACCUGGACUUUUCCUUCAUACCACAUUCAAAACUUCAUUGAUCUGAUACGAGACACAACAAAAAUUAAGCUAGAACCUGGGACGGAACUGGUGCUGACAGGAAAUCAGUUGUAUAAUUUUACCCGCACAUCAGGAUCCAUUGUAUAG